AUGAACGCCAUGAGACGUUCACUGACACGAAAUACGUGCAGGGUAUAUAAAUCCAAGGACUUUUACCCCGCCAAGCCUGGUGAGGUACUCGCCGAUCGCUAUCAAAUCCUUGUCAAAGUUGGCUGGGGUACCACCUCUACUGUAUGGUUUGUUCGUGAUAUGCGGAGCAAUGAAGACGAGCCAGAAGGCGUUGUAGCACUGAAGAUAGCUAAUACGAACUCGCAUAUAGCUGACAAUGAAUGCGCAAUUGAGCAGUAUAUUGCUGGAAAAGACUCAUCCCAUCGUGGACUUGCGGUUCUCCGAACAUCCUCAGAGUGCUUUGAAAUUACUGGUCCGGAAGGACGACAAGUUUGCCUCGCAUAUGAGCCCAUGAGGGAGCCUCUUUGGCUUUUUCGGAGACGUUUCAACGAUGGGAUGAUCCCUCUUCCACUUCUCAAGGCCUAUAUUCGCAUUCUUCUUGUGGGUAUCGAUUACCUUCAUACAGAAUGCAAGACAGUACAUACCGAUCUAAAUCUUGAGAAUAUCAUGGUCUCAUUCGAAGACCCAGCAGUGAUGGGCGACUUUAUGAACGACCAUUUUGAUCAACCAAUGGAAUACAAGAUAGACUCCAUAGGCCGACCGGUAUAUCGUCGUCACAAUGACUUUGGGCCCCUGAGACAACUAAGAAAUAUUAUACCAAAGAUCGCUGAUUUUGGACAUUGUGCAAGACUCGAUUGUGAUGACGAUUGGGGUAUAUAUCCUAUUCAGCCAGACCACUAUCGUGCCCCAGAUAUAGUCCUUGGUUGUGGUUGGAGGAUGAGCACGGACAUAUGGAACUUGGGUGCUAUUCUAUGGGAUCUGAUUGAGGGCAAGGAACUAUUCAGCCAAGUCUAUGAUGAAGAAGGCCAAUAUCAGGCAAAAGCGCAUCUUGCCGAGAUGAUAGCCUUGCUCGGCCCACCGCCCCAAGAGGUGAUCGCAAGAUAUCGCUCGUUGCUCGAGUAUGAAUGGCCUCAACCUAUGGCAACGGUGGAUGAUAGUGUCUACGAUAGUUCUAAUCAAUUCUUUGGGGGUCCAUUCUUUGAUAGUGAUGGAAAGUUCUUAUAUAACAACCUGGUUCCAGAUAGGAAUCUUGACGAUACACUCCCCUCUCUAGAAAAGAAGGAAAGGGAAAACUUCCUGUCCUUCGUGAGGUUAAUGCUUGCUUGGCACCCGGAGGAGAGAAAGACGGCACGAGAAUUGCUCGAGCAUCCAUUUCUUCGACUAAAGUGA